UCAUGCUUGUGUUUGGCUAAGCUUUCUCAUCUUCCUAACUUCUCAAUAUUGUUUGGCUAAGCUUCUCCUUCUCAAAAAGGACUUUUAGCUCCAUAUAACUCAAUAAGUCAUUUUGAGAAGGAAUCCCAAACACCCACCCAAACACCCCCUAUAUGAAGUAAAAUUAGCGGUCACUUGGCUCUCAAAAGAUUCAAAUUUUGAAUCCCAUCAAUUUCUUCAAACAAGCAAACGGUGAGAUCACUUUUAGGGUUUCUUGCUUCAUCUUCUCUUUCCCAUUGCCAUUUCCUCUUUCGCAUUGCCGAUGCUUUUCCUUAUCUUUUUUACUUCUCUGAAAAUUGAAGCCCUAAUCAACGUUGUUGCUUCUCCCCUUAUAUUUUACUUCCUCCCCACAUUACUGGACUCACAAUUCCAUUCAAAUUUUGAAUUUCAAAAUGUCUGCAAAGAGAGUAUCUGAGAGAUAGAGAUGGAAUCCAAAAGGGAGAGAACGAGAAAGAGAGAGAGAGAGAAAUGCGAUGGUUCUAAUGAACGGAUCUACUUUGUAUGCCUGAAAAUCUGUGACCCUUGGUGGCAACAGUGAUGCAUAAGCUAUCGUAGCAGACGGAAUCAAGACCAGAUGGCAACGGUUUUGGGUUUCUAGGGUUCUGUUCGUGCCGACGCCAAAGAAGAGUCUGAUAAUGACUAGGGGUUGAUUCGAAGGCUAAUUGUUCUGUGAACUUGGUGAUUUGAUGCAUUUAUUUUGUUUAAAAGUGUUAAUUAUUAAAUGUCGAGGUGCUGGUAUGGAGGAGGAAGUAGUUCACGUCUGGAAGACUCCAGACGCUCUCAGUCUCAGGAGAAUGACGAUGAUCAAGCCCUAGAUCUCUCCACUAUCAGGUCAAAUACAGUGAGGCUGAUAGAUGAUCAGCAAAAUAUGGUCGGUAUAGUAUCUAAAAGUGCUGCUAUUCAGAUGGCUGAAGAUGUUGAACUUGACCUUGUAUGCAUAUUAUUCAAAUACUUGCAUUAGCGUUUUUUAUUGUAUUUUUAUUAUUAAUCCUUUUGAACUAUACCUUUUGUAGGUUAUAUUGUCUUAAAUUAUUAUUGUAUUUUUAUUAUUGUAUUUGCUGCUUAGGGUUUAUGACAUUGUUCUUAAAUUAUGUACAAGCUAUAAAUAUUUCACGGUUUAUCUUUAAAAGUUGUAGUCCUGAAUUUUGGUGUUUUUGGUCUUGCUGAAAUUAUUGUUUGGUUAAAUUCUAAAUGAAAAAGGAGAUCUGGAUCUUACAUCGUUGAU